CAGCUGGACCGCGGGAACUUCGCUGUGGUGAAUCGGGGGAAGAUGAGAAGGAGGAGGACGGAGGCAGCGGAGGAGGAGGAGGAGGAAGUGGCGGUGAAGAAGCUGACGAAUCAGAACCUGACGAGCGCGGAGUUCAGUCAGUUCUGCGAGGAGGCAAGGCUGAUGAGGAGGAGCUUGCACCCCUGCGUCUGCUCCCUCCUUGGCGUCUGCAUCGAGCCAGGACACUUCGCGCUCGUGAUGGAGCUCGUGGCGGGCGGGAACCUGCACAAGGUGCUCCGGCGCUCUGCCAUCCCAUGGCGGACGCGCAUACAGAUGGGUAUCGACCUGAGCGACGCCGUCUCCUUCCUCCACUCGCUGCGCCCUGCUGUCCUCCACCUCGACAUCAAGUCGCCCAACCUUCUGGUGUCGGAGGCCAUGCGGCUGAAGCUCGGAGACUUCGGCCUCGCGCGCGAGAAGGAGGAGGAGGCGAAGGAGGAGGAGGCGAAGUCCUCUUUCCAGCCGGGAACGGUGCAUUGGAUGGCUCCUGAGCUCAUGACGCGCGGCUUCCGCCAUGAGGCGACAGACGUCUUUGCCAUGGGGGUUGUCCUGUGGGAGCUCUGGACGCAGAAGACUCCCUAUCAUAAGAAGAAUGUUCGUGAAAUCGCCAACGCUGUGAUCUCCGGCUCUAGACUCGAUGUUCCCGAGAUCGUGGACCCUCCGGCGAGGAGGAACGAGGAGUAUGCCCAGCUCAUGUCGGCGUGCUGGGAGCAGGAGUAUGAGCGACGUCCUUCAGCCGCUGAGGUUCUGCGAUCUCUGCGG